GCCCUUUGCUCCCUCGCUUUGUCUCUCGAUUUCUCCGCCUAAGCUUUCGAGUUUCUGCUCUCAAACCCUAAUUUCCUUUUUCUCUCUCUCAAAUCCAAAUUUCUUAUCCAUGUGCUAUUACGUCGUUGGAGUUUGAACACUUGCAUAUAUCUGAUGCACUUUAGUCUCCCCAACUAACUUACCUUGGAUCCAGAAUUUCUCUGACUGCGACAAAGGUGAAGCCUGAAAAUGGCAAAAGGUAGCAGGGGACGACGCAGGAUUGCUUCCCGAAGAUACAGACCAACUCCAUACCCAUUGCGCUCUAAUCAAGAUAUAUUGGAGGAUCUGUGCCCGAAGAAAUGCUCCAGAGAUUUGGAGAAAAAAGACUGGGAUGAUGCGACAUGUUCUGUGUGCAUGGAGUAUCCUCACAAUGCCGUUCUUCUCCUAUGUUCCUCACAUGACAAGGGAUGCCGACCCUACAUGUGUGGAACUAGUUUCCGGCAUUCCAACUGUCUUGGCCAGUACAAGAAAGCUUAUACCAAAAUGGUGUCAUCUGAUCAUGGACAACCAUUGCUUGGUUCCGAUAACAAUCCAAUUGUGCUACCAGAUUCUGAAUGGCCAGCACAGAAGUGUGAAGUCUCAGAGCUUGCAUGCCCCCUCUGCAGGGGAAAGGUGAAGGGAUGGACUGUUCUUGAACCAGCACGAGAUUAUCUAAAUGCAAAAAAGAGAAGCUGCAUGCAAGAGAAUUGCUCAUUUGUCGGAAAUUACAAGGAGCUUAAGAGGCAUGUGAGGGCAGAACACCCCUCUGCACGGCCGCGUGAAGUGGAUCCAGUACUCGAACAGAAAUGGAGAAGGCUUGAACAUGAGCGGGAGACGGAUGAUGUGAUCAGCACAAUACAGUCUUCCAUGCCAGGGGCAAUGGUUUUUGGAGAUUACGUAAUAGAAGGAAAUAAUUAUGGAUUUGAUACGGACGAAGAGGAUGGUGGUUUCGAUGCGGAAGCUGGGGAAAGGAAUGGAGGAUUUGGGUUGGGCUUUGAUGGUAAUCUGGUGAAUGUCUUUUUCCUAUUGCAUGCAUUUGGGUCAUCAGGGACUGGACGACUGAGGCAGCCUGAGAGGGCAUUGCACCACCCAUCGGACGGUAGUGCAGUUGGCAUCCGGCACAGCACUCCUAUUGGUGGUUCGGAUUCCUCAGAUCAAGAUGAUGAGAAUGACAGUAAUGGUGAUAAUGCUGGUGGUGGUAUGUCAUUGGUGAGUCGACUCCGCCGUCAUGGCAGGGUGUUGUUGGGACGCUCUGGGAGGAGACGAAGGCGUAGAGAAGGAAAUAGUGAUCAAACAUGAACUGAAUCGUGGUAAGAAUGGGGGGAAUUUAGGAAACCUUGCGUAGGCACACAAAUUUUAGGAGUGAUUUGCACAAAAACAAAUAAAAGAAGUUAUGAUUUUAACUUUCUCGCCUUUGCAUUGGAUUUAUUUGUCAUUUAGAAAGCUGGGAAAAAAGGAAAAUGGAGAUGAUGGUUGUUCCUUUUCCCUCUGUUGUGUAAUAUAUUUUCAAAUGUAAUUUUUAACUUCCCGUUUACCUUAAUGUAUGAAUAUAAAUUUCCUUCUGUGUAUGUGAUAUC